UCAUUUUCCAUAUUUUUCUUUUUAAACUGGAAAAAGAGGCACAGGGGGCAAAAUUGAAAAUACAUUUUUUUGGGGGGGUUGGCUUUUGUUUACCUGGCGCGUGUGGCAGCCGGUUCCCUCCCUCUCUUCGCUCACCACCCCUGACCUUCCUUUCUUUUUUUGCUCCUUUUCAAAAAAAAAAUAUUAAUUUCCCCCUCUGUAGAAUGGAGUGUGGUGGGAGGAGGGAGGGGGAAGGGUUUGCGAAUCCACCCAAGCCCAGCCCCUAUUCCCCAGAACACCAAUAAUAACCCCCUUUAAAACAUUUACCUUCCUCCCCUGCUCCUCCCCUCCCCUCCCCCACCCGCCCCCAACUCACAACUCUGUGCGGUCCAGAAGCUCAGAAUCGGGCGUUGGGCUUUGCCGGGUGCUCCAGAUCGAUGGAUGAGUUCCACCCGUUCAUCGAGGCGCUGCUGCCUCACGUCCGCGCGUUCUCCUACACCUGGUUCAACCUGCAGGCGCGGAAGCGCAAGUACUUCAAGAAGCACGAGAAGCGGAUGUCCAAGGACGAGGAGCGGGCGGUGAAGGACGAGCUCCUGGGCGAGAAGGCCGAGAUCAAGCAGAAGUGGGCGUCCCGGCUGCUGGCCAAGCUGCGCAAGGACAUCCGGCCCGAGUUCCGCGAGGACUUCGUGCUGACCAUCACGGGCAAGAAGCCGCCCUGCUGUGUGCUGUCCAACCCUGACCAGAAGGGCAAGAUCCGCCGCAUCGACUGCCUGCGCCAGGCUGACAAGGUGUGGCGGCUGGACUUGGUCAUGGUCAUCUUGUUUAAGGGGAUCCCCCUGGAAAGUACUGAUGGGGAGCGGCUCUACAAGUCGCCGCAGUGCUCGAACCCCGGCCUGUGCGUGCAGCCCCACCACAUUGGAGUCACAAUCAAAGAACUGGAUCUUUAUCUGGCUUACUUUGUCCACACUCCCGAAUCCGGACAAUCAGAUAGUUCCAACCAGCAAGGAGAUGCGGACAUCAAACCACUGCCCAACGGGCACUUGAGUUUCCAGGACUGUUUUGUGACUUCGGGGGUCUGGAAUGUGACCGAGCUGGUGAGAGUGUCACAGACUCCUGUGGCCACGGCCUCAGGGCCCAACUUCUCCCUGGCAGACCUGGAGAGCCCCAGCUACUACAACAUCAACCAGGUGACCCUGGGCCGGCGCUCCAUCACCUCCCCUCCCUCCACCAGCACCACCAAGCGCCCUAAGUCCAUCGAUGACAGCGAGAUGGAGAGCCCCGUGGACGACGUCUUCUACCCCGGGACGGGCCGCUCCCCUGCGGCGGGCAGUAGCCAGUCCAGCGGGUGGCCCAACGACGUGGACACAGGCCCGGCUUCUCUAAAGAAGUCAGGAAAACUGGACUUCUGCAGCGCGCUGUCCUCGCAGGGCGGCUCCCCGCGCAUGGCUUUCACGCACCACCCGCUGCCUGUGCUGGCUGGAGUCAGACCAGGGAGCCCCCGGGCCACGGCUUCCGCCCUGCACUUCCCCUCCACGUCCAUCAUCCAGCAGUCGAGCCCGUACUUCGCGCAUCCGACCAUCCGCUACCACCACCACCACGGGCAGGACUCGCUCAAGGAGUUUGUGCAGUUCGUGUGCUCGGACGGCUCGGGCCAGGCCGCCGGACAGCCCAGCGGUAGCGGCCAGGGCAAAGUCCCGGGGUCAUUUUUGCUACCGCCGCCGCCGCCAGUGGCCAGACCUGUGCCCCUUCCUAUGCCUGAUUCCAAAUCCACCAGCUCUGCCCCAGACGGUGUCGCCGUGACUCCUCCAUCACCUUCAUUCACAGCGACAGGCGCCACCCCUGCCAACCGGUUUGUCAGCAUCGGACCCAGGGACGGCAACUUUCUGAACAUCCCGCAACAGUCACAGUCCUGGUUCCUCUGACAAGACUGACAAAAAGAAACGACGAAAUGAAAAGAAGAGGUUCCGCAAAAGGGGGAGAAGAAAUUUUGAGACGGAAAAAUCCCCCAGGCCCAGCCCUGCCCAGCCCAGCCCCACCGAAAAGCGAAAAUCCGACUUGGCCCCCACUCAGCCCUUUCUCCGCCGCCCGCCGGGCCGCGCCCCGAAGCGGCCCCGCACCUGCCACCAGCACCCCUCCCGGCGGAACCCCCAUGUCCACUCGCAGGAGCAGCUUGUACAGAUAACGGGGUGCAGCUCCCAGGGCCGCCCCUCCCCCUCCCUCCUUACUGCCUUCUGCCAGGGCUCGCGCCCCCGCCCCACCCUCGGGGUCCCCAGCCCCCGGAGCUGGCCUCGUGCUCCCGGAACGGAGGGGCUUCCGCGCGCCCCCCCCAGCCUGAGCCGCCGGCCCAGUUCCGGGACCCCGACCCCCGCGUCCAGCCCAUCGGAAAGGGUCGGAUCGCCCUCGACGCUCCCGCUUCCCGCCCGCCCCGGCCGCCGGGAGGUGCGCGGAGAGGCGCCGGGUCCCCCACCCCGCCCCGCAUGCCGGCCCCGCGCUCCGCCCCGCCCCGCCCCCGCCCCAGGCGCAGACGGGCCGGUCGGGUCCGGGCCGAGAUGGAGCAGGAAGGGGCCGGCGCUCGGGGAGGAGGACCCGGCCGCCCCGCGCUAGGUAGGCGCCCGCCCGGGAUGGGGAGCCGGGGGGCCUUCUCCCGGCUCCUCGCCGCGCCCCCUCGGCGCCCUCGGGCCGCGGGGAACCGCCGGGUCCCACGCCAUAGGAAGCAGCGCCCCCCUCCGGCACCCCUACCCCCGGGGAUGGUGCGGGGGCUCGUCCAGCAGCGCCCCCGGGAGGGAGGGGAGCAGGAGCGCGCCCCGCCGCCUGGCUUGUCUUUCUGUGCCUUACUCCCUCCUCCGCCCGCCUCGCCCGCCCGCCCGCCCGGCCCCUCCGAGUCCGUGUGCCUCUUUCUCUCUCUUAACUGUAUGAAAACGCAAAGCACAGGUCAGGAGCCUCCGAGCGAGUCCCCCCGGCUUCGCCCCGCGUGGUGGGCCGGGCCGGGGCGCGCGUCGGCGGCAGGAGCCGAGGGCGCCCCCUGCGGGGGCAGGGCGGGAGCGCGGGGCCCGGGGCGGGGGGAGGGGGGGCUGGCGCUGGAGCCCCGCCCCAUUCGCGUGCGGCCUGGGGGCGGGGGUCAGUGGGCUGAGCCGGGACCAGGGAGCCUGGAGGGGGGGCGGGGGGGCCGGGUGGGCCGGGCGUGACGCGCGGUCAGAGUGCAAUGAUUUUUCAGUUUGGUUGGCUAAACAGGGUCAGCGCUGAGAGGGGGACGGAAGGGGCCCCCUGGCCUGGCCGCACGCGCCCCACCCCUCCCAGACAAUCGGGGUGGCGGGCGCGGUGCCCCCCGCCGCCCCCCCUCCGCAAAGGCCGGGGUCUGCGGGCGCCCGCCCCGGCGAGGUCGGCAGCUGCAGGCCAGCUGGGCCGGGCGGGGGCGCCCCUUUCCCGAGGGUCGCUGUGGGGGGCAGGCGCGGGGCCGCGAGAGCGACCGGAGACGUGGGGUCGGAGAAAGGAACCCACACAAAUAUAUCGGGGGAAAAUGAACUUUUUUUUUUUUUCAUUGAACCAAGUGCAAUGCAUCAGAGUUUUCCUAUCUUUGUAUGUUAAGAGAUUGUUAAGAAAGAAAAUUCUAUUUUUGUUGUCAUGUCCUCGCGGCUCUGGGGACGCUAAAAGAACCGGGCCUGCCCCGCCGCGCGCGGGCUAACAGCUGAGUGGGGUUUCCUGCCUUGCUUUCGGGCUUUCUUUCUUUCUUUGAUUUUUGUUCGUUUUUUUUUUUUUUAAUCGCUUUCAUGCGUUGACGAGGAUGAUCUGGGGUUUUUCUGUUUGUUUGUUUUGUUUUUGUUCGUUUCGUCGUUCGUUCUCGGUUUUGGUGGAAGGGCCGAAGGAAACAUUCAGUUUAGUUUUGUUCUUUUGCAAACCAACAACACACACACACACAAAACACACACACAACACCCCAACACAAGAUCAGAAAGGACAAGGACGAGAGAAAUGUUCUUUAAGGUAAUGAAACUUUAAACCCCUGGUGCUUCUUACAUUAUCCAGUACGUUGGCCCCCUGCCCCGACGACUGCGCCUCAGUUUCGGACUCAGUUCAGCCCCCCCCCCCCCCGCACUUGUUAGCGACACGCGCAUCCCUGAGUUGGAUGGAACCGGACAGCGGCGGGCGCCCGACGGCUGCGCGGCUCGGGCCACGGGGCUCCCGGGGCCCCGUGCCCCCACCUCGACCCCUCCCUGUCCCGGCACCGGGGGGCGCCGCGGGGAGGGGGUCCCUAGCCCUGCCCCGCAGAGGUCGACGCCAACGAACAAACGCCCCUUCCCUCCCGCCCGCCCCCGCGCCCCAAGCGCCCUCCUUUGAGCCAGACGCCAACUUGACCCUCACCAGCAUAAUCAGGAGCGCGCUCGGCAAGUUGGUAGACCCCCUACCCCGACUCCCCGGCCGCGGCCCCCAGCCCCCUCCGCCCGCCCCCACUCCCACCCCGGCCCCUCUCCGGGGAGCGGCGGCGAGGCUGGACGCCCCAGGACAGCCCCCGCACCCCCAAGCAGCCCGGUCGACUGCCUUACACCCCCGCCCCCGCGCUGGCCGGCCGACCUAGUGCCUUGUUCUCACCCCCGUGCUGGCGGAGCGGACGCCGCGCUCUGGGUCCCAAGGGGCCGUGGCUCAGACGACCCCCCCCCCCGACCGUGCCGAACGGACCCCCCAACCACGACCACCACACACACGCGAGAGAAAAAAAAAGGAGCAAUAAAGUCACAAGAACUUUCGCCCCCCAAUCGAGACCCGAGGGGCACCCCAGCCCCGCCUCUGCUCCCCGUCCUUCCCCCCUCCGGGGCGCCCCCUCCCCACCUCUCCACCCCCCACCCCCGCAAGCCAGCCUGGGCCAGCCCCGCUUUCGGCCCCUCCCGGGAGAUCCGUGCGCCCGACCAGCACCAGCAUCGCGGACCGCCAAUGGCCGCCCGUCCCGUCAAACAAGUUUCUUCUUAGGCUAAGAAACGCAGUAUAUACGAGUAUCUCUAUAUAUAGUACUAAUGGAUUUGGUGUGCUUCCCCUUAGCGUCCCGCCCUCGCUCCCCCUUCAGCCUGCCCCCGCCGCCCUCCGCCCCGUCUCUGCACUGAGAUGCAUAAGAAACAAGGGUAGUUUACUGUCUGUUUGGUUUUCUGGGUUUUCAGUGUCCUAGCGGAAUGCAAGUAGGCAGCCAGCCCGUCUGUCCCCGCCCCGCCCGCCCCGCCCCCGUCACUGCGCUUCUGUUAUACCAUCUCUGCCUGAUUCUCCGGCUUCUCCAUUGAAUGGCUAAUGUGUAUGUGAAAUAAAGAAAUAAAGACAAACAAAA